AAUGUUAAUUAUUGUGCUUUUCUUUCCUUGCAGAAAACGGUGCACAUGGUUUUCAGUGGAGAUUUAAGUCAAAGGUUCUUUUUUGCGGCCGUUGCAAUUAUCUCUUUCACUGGAAAUGUCUUCUUUAUUGUGAUUAUUAUACGCAAUAGGAAACUACUGAGAAAAGCUUAUCACAAAAUAAUACUGAGCUUGGCCAUCACCGAUAUGAUGAUAGGUUAGUCUAUGUUGCAAUUUUGAACAUUGAGGUUACUGUCUUACAAAACUUAUGAAAUUUACCAUGAACUAUCCCAAAAAUAAGCAUUUGAAAUUAUUGAGGUGAUGAUAAUUUUUCUCUUCUUUCUAGGUCUUUGUCUUGUCUUAACACCAGUGUAUAUCAUUGGUCAAAAACCAGCUUUAACAAGCAAAAAUGUUGGCUCUGCGAUGUUUUGCUACAUCAUAGGAAAUCAAUAUCUUGUAUUUACGCUGGGAAUCGUUUCCUUGUAUACCGUUACGUUACUUGCAGUGGAGCGCUGGUGUGCUGUAUUUCGUCCCUUUGAACAUCGAACAACUUUUAGAAUUCACAAAGUGCGACAAUAUCUGAUCAUUAUUUGGAUUGCUUCCUUUGCUACAAAUAGCACUCACAUCUUAGAGACCAAGUAUUUUCUUAACAAUGUCAACACAACUGAACGUUGUGUGUUCCAAGGGAUAGCCAGCAGAGAGGCGAGAGUUGUCAUAGGAGUUGUAGAGAUUUUCUUAAAAUUUCUGAUACCAUUUUUAAUUCUCGUGGUGUCUUUCACUCACCUUUAUCGUUUCAUGAAGGAUUCACUUGUUGUUGCAACGACUCAUCCAAGCAAUUACAUUGCCCUUACACGUGUCACACAUAUGGCUGCCGCAACAUCGUUGGUGAUGGUGUUGUGUUGGUUUCCCAACCAACUUGUUUAUUUACUAUUCAAGCUCGAUGUUGUGCAGCUGAAUACCCCAUUUCAUAAAGCAACAGUUAUUGUUUGCAUGUUCAACUCUUGUUUGAACCCUUGUAUAUUUCUGUUAAGUAACAAACUAUACAGAAAAAAGGCAAAAGAACUACUCCCCAAGUGCAGAGGAUCAGUAAAGGACUUCGACUUAACUUCGACAGAAUCAAAGAAGGUGGUUCAGUCUGUUGUACCCGUAGAGUUUCUAGAGAGAAAUAUCCUCUAA